AUGUGUUUCUUGUCGGACACCGAUCUUGAUCUCGAGACAGAUCUUGAUUUCCCAGAUGAUUUCGAAUCGCCACAAAUUGACUGUGAAUAUCCCAUGUACGCAAUGGGGGGUUACCACCCUGUUCAUCUUGGCGAUCUCUACGACGAUGGUCGGUAUCGAAUAGUCCACAAGAUUGGUGCUGGAGAUACUUCUAUGAUAUGGCUGGCGCGCGACUCUUCGACUUCGAGUUGGGUGGCUCUUAAGAUCCUGAUGGCCGAUCAACCGCCGAGCAUUGAGGAGAACAUUAUCAGGUGCCACGACAUUCUGGCCCAUCACUAUCAAGAUAAAAUCGAGCCUCGGUUCAUUACAUACAUGCGAUACUUCCACAUUGAUGGUCCCAACGGCCGUCAUCUCUGUUUGGUUCUUCCCUUCUGUGGUCCAAAUCUGCACUCUUUGUCGAAUUAUAUGAAGAGCAGAAUGAAGCCGCAAUUUGUUCAAGCACUCGGAUAUCAAGCAACAGAGAUUGUUAGGGACUUACAUGCCCGUGGUAUCUGUCAUGGGAACAUUAGACCCGCAAAUCUACUCCUGCGAAUGCGCAAUCUGGACCAUCUCGACGACCAAGGAAUUUAUCGCCUGUUUGGUCAGCCCAUAAUCGACGAAUUAAAGACUGAUUCUGGUAGGAUUAUGGGCCCGGAAGCUCCUCGUUACGUUGUCGGCUUUCUCGAUUUCAUGUCAAGUGGCGAUGAUAUUCUUUCGAACCAAUUAAGUCUCAUUGGUUUUGAUCAUGCCUUCGAUAUGUCGUCACCGAAGACAAUACUACCCCUGCCUGAGUUUCUGGCGCCUGAGAUAGCUAUAGGAAAGCUAGCCAGCCCAGCAAGUGAUGUUUGGGCUCUGGGCGUCACAAUUCUGAACAUGCGGUCCGGCAUCUCACUUUUCCCCUAUCAUGUCGAUUGCCCAGCACAUCUUAUUACAGAGUGUGUGAAGUACUUUGGAGAACUACCGAAAUCUUGGGAAGAGCCAUAUUACGAUGUGGAAGGCCGCCCAACGUCAGACAAGACUAAAGGCCGGCCAAGGGAACUCUCUGAUGAGGUCUGUUCGCUGAAGCAUUGGAUCAGCGACAUUUGGGACAAACCAACCCAGCCCAAUGAGAAUAAGUCCGCACCAGCGAGGCCCUUUAUUGUACGAGAUGAAGAUGGAUCGUAUCCCAGAAGCUACAGCUGGCUAGGUGGCUAUGUUUCCGACAUCAUCAAUUACGAUCCCCAAGACAUAGAUCGUCUGACCUCCAUAUGUGACACUAUGCAAAGACCAUAUCCAGAGCAUUACGAGGACAGGCUUUGGAAGCCAUCUGCAAUCAAAAUCAACGGCACCUAUCUCUCAGAAGGUGGGGGAGUGGGAUGGCUUGUUUACCUCCCAGGGAAUUGUGACAUUGAAUGUAAUACCCGAUCAUUACCCAGGAUCUCAGCGCUAGAAGCUUAUUUGCUACAUGAUCUGCUGAGAAGAAUAUUCGUCUACCAGGAACGAAUAAGUGCGAAGGAUGUGUUGGAGCAUCCCUGGUUCAGGAUGGUUUAG